CGUGUGUUUUCUUGUAACCGAAACAACGAGGUAUAUAAUCAAAGCCAACGAAACCGAGUUCUGGGUUGGCUAAAGUUUGAUCUUUCUGAAGAAUCUGUUGUUAUUUCAGCAGAUUAAAGCUGAUAUUCAAAGUGGGUAUCGAAGAUUAUCAUCUUCCUCACCUUCUUGAGGAUUUGAAUCUCUCUCUAUCUCUCUGUUGGUAAUCCUUACUUCAUAUAGAUUUGUUCUGUUUUCGUCUUUCAUGACUUGAUGAGCAUAUACGGAUAUCAUAUCAAGUAUUGCUGAUAAGAUAAUCUUUCGGAGCCUCUGCUAGAUCGCAAAUCAUAGCACAAGAACAAAGGAAUUGAUCUUCAUUUUGCAGUUUUCUUUUUGUUGGGGCAGAAAUGAAGAGCCAAAACAAUCAAUACCCAGUACAAUCAUCAGUUUCAAAGCUUUUCAAUGUUCACAACCACCGGGUUCGUCUUCUUCCCCACUUGCUCCUUCUGGGCUGUGGAAUAACCCUAGGGAUUAUCAUCAGCUUCUACCUUCAGAACUGCAACUUCAGUGUGGAGUUCACUCGGUUCUCAAUCUCUUCAUCCUCAUCACCAAGGAUAUUAGCUCCCGUGCCAAUAUCUCAGAGACCACAACCAGAAAUGCCUAAUGUUCCCGCCUCUAAGUCUAACAGUAGUUCCUUGAAGGAGUAUCUUAAGCCUCCUGUGGUCAUGCACGACAUGAACGAUAAGGAGCUUCUAUGGAGGGCUUCGAUGUCUCCUAGGAUCGCGGAUUACCCUUUCCAACGUGUUCCUAAAGUCGCCUUCUUGUUCUUAACAAAAGGUCCUGUGCAUUUGGCUCCUCUGUGGGAGAUGUUCUUCAAGGGACAUGAAGGCUAUUACUCAAUCUAUGUCCAUUCAAACCCGUCUUACAAUGGAUCCGACCCCGAGAGCCCGGUGUUCCAUGGCCGCAGAAUUCCUAGCAAGAAAGUUCAAUGGGGCAACGUCAACAUGAUCGAAGCUGAACGGCGGCUGCUGGCGAACGCCCUCCUCGACAUCUCCAACCAGCGAUUCGUCCUCUUGUCGGAAUCCUGCAUUCCUCUGUUCAACUUCUCCACUGUCUACUCCUACCUCAUCAACUCCAAGCAGAAUUAUGUCAUGGCCUACGACGACCCUAGCUGGGUGGGUCGUGGCCGUUACCGUCCCAGGAUGCUCCCACGUGUGUCCCUCCGACAAUGGAGAAAAGGGUCACAAUGGUUCGAAAUGGACAGAAACCUGGCACUGGAGGUUGCGUCGGACAGAGUGUACUUCCCUCUGUUUCAGAAGUAUUGUAAUGGUGAUUGUUACGCGGAUGAGCAUUACUUGCCUACGUUCGUGAGCAUCAAUUUCUACGACGGGAAUUCGAAUAGGUCGUUGACUUGGGUUGACUGGUCCAAGGGUGGGCCCCAUCCGACCCGGUUCUCGAGGGACGAGGUGACUCCUGGGUUGUUGGAGAGGUUGAGGAACAAGAAGUGCAAGUAUAAUGGGGGUCAAGAAACCAACGCGUGCUUCUUGUUUGCUAGAAAGUUCUCGCCUUCUAGUUUGCCCAAGCUUCUCACUAUUGCUCCUAGGGUUAUGCAUUUCUCAAAUACUCAUGGUCAACAUCCGAAUGCUUUCCAUUGGAGCAAUAAUUUAAGAAAACUGAAGUGACCUGGGAGCGCUUCUUUGAAAGAAAUCAUUUGAUUUAUUCUUUCCAUCAUUCUUUUUCUUUUUCUUUCUCUUUCCGUCAUUUUCUUCUUCUCAUCCCUUCCCUAGAUGAGAAAAGAAAAAGAGAUACAGGAUGACGAGACAUAAACCCGAAUUUCUUGGAGC